UCUCCAAUUCCAAAACAAAAAGCUGAUGUCAAUCCUCCGUAUCAUUUAUAUGACCUUUACCUGUCCUCUUCUUUCUUAAUAUAUAUAUAUUUUUCCUCCAUGUGACUUUCUUUCCAAAACAAAAACAAAAAAUUAUUUCAAUAAUUUUCUCUCUUGGGUUUUCUAGGCUUCCAAACAUGGGACAGGAAAAAAGAAGACUCACAGAUGAAUAUGAAAUCUCAGAGGUUUUAGGCAGAGGAGGAUUCUCAGUUGUAAGAAGAGGGAUAAGAAAAUCAUCAUCAUCAUCAUCAGCAGGGAAUAACAACAAUAGCGACAACAACAUCAAUUCCCAUGUAGCAAUCAAAACUCUGAAAAGGCUAGGACCUUCAUCGACAAAUUUUCCUCCAUCUAAUUCUCGCGGAUUUUCCGAGAAAACAAACAUGGGUUCAAUGGGAUUUCCAUUGAGGAAACAAGUCUCGGUAUCAGAUGCUUUAUUAACCAAUGAGAUCUUGGUGAUGAGGAAGAUAGUAGAAAAUGUUUCACCCCAUGAGAAUGUGAUUGACCUCUAUGAUGUAUUUGAGGAUUCAAAUGGGGUCCACCUGGUGUUGGAGCUCUGUUCUGGUGGUGAACUGUUUGAUAGGAUUGUUGCACAAGAAAAGUACAAUGAGGUCGAAGCCGCCACUGUUGUCCGGCAGAUUGCCAAAGGAUUAGGAGCUCUUCACAAGGCUAAUAUUGUCCACAGGGAUUUGAAGCCUGAAAACUGCCUUUUCUUGAACACCAAUAAGGAUUCUCCAUUGAAGAUCAUGGAUUUUGGAUUGAGUUCUGUGGAGGAAUUCACUGACCCUGUUGUUGGAUUGUUUGGUUCCAUUGAUUAUGUCUCUCCUGAGGCUCUUUCUCAGGGAAAUAUUACUUGCAAGAGUGAUAUGUGGUCUCUUGGUGUUAUUUUGUAUAUCCUUCUUUCUGGGUAUCCACCUUUCAUUGCUCAGUCAAAUCGGCAAAAGCAACAAAUGAUAAUGGCUGGAGAAUUCAGUUUUUAUGAGAAAACUUGGAAAAACAUUUCUUCAUCAGCAAAACAAUUGAUCAAAAGCCUCUUGACUGUUGACCCUCAAUGGAGGCCUAGUGCUUUAGAGCUUCUAGAUCAUCCAUGGGUGAGAGGUGAUUCAGCUAAGGAGGAUCAAAUGGACGCCGAGAUCGUUUCCAGGCUGCAGAGUUUCAAUGCUCGCCGCAAACUCCGAGCAGCUGCCAUCGCUAGUGUUUGGAGCUCCUCCAUUUUCUUAAGGACCAAAAAGCUCAAAUCUUUGCUUGGCUCCCAUGACCUCUCACCAGAUGAAAUUGAAAAUCUCAGGGAUCAUUUCAAGAAAAUAUGUGCAAAAGGGGACAAUGCAACUCUAUCUGAGUUUGAAGAGGUUUUGAAAGCAAUGAACAUGUCAUCCUUAAUCCCUUUAGCUCCUCGCAUCUUUGACCUUUUCGACAACAAUCGUGAUGGAACUGUGGACAUGAGAGAACUACUUUGCGGGUUUUCGAGUCUCAGAAAAUCUCAAGGCGACGAUGCUCUCCGCCUCUGCUUUCAGAUGUAUGAUACAGAUAGAUCUGGAUGCAUCACUAAGGAAGAAGUAGCAUCCAUGCUAAGAGCCUUGCCAGAUGAUUGUCUACCAGUGGAUAUAACAGAACCAGGGAAAUUGGAUGAGAUAUUUGAUAGAAUGGAUGCAAACAGCGAUGGAAAAGUUACCUUCGAUGAGUUCAAAGCCGCCAUGCAGAUAGACAGCUCUCUCAAAGACCUAGUCCUCUCUUCUCUUCGCCCUUCAUAG